AUGAGCUACGACCAGCACCAGCACCUGCAGUCGCAUCCUCAUCAGCAGCAGCAUCCGCAGAAUAUGGCUCCGAGCUACCACCACUAUCCGCCUGCGCCCUCCCACCAUGGACCUCCCCAGCAUCUCCCGCACGCCCAGCAACAGCAUCAAUAUCCGCCCCCGCAGCAACACCACCAGCAGCAGUACCAGCACCCCGGCCACCCUUCUGCUCACCCCCAGAACUCUCUGCCCCCGAUGCCUCAAUACUCGACACACCAAAUGCCUCCCCAGAUGCAACCGCAGCUCCCUUCGCAGAUGCCCCCGCCUGAGAUGCCCGGCGGCGCUCCACCCCACCAAGCGCAACUUGUUCCUGAGCCCACGCGCAGCAUCGAGCCUGUGUCCAGGAAAGAUGAGGGUGGUCGAACAUACAAGCUCGACGUUGUCCAGCAGCCCAAGCGAGCGCGCAUGUGCGGCUUUGGUGACAAAGACAGGCGGCCCAUUACCCCGCCGCCUUGCGUGCUCUCUGGUCAAUGCGGACACAGCAUCACGGCUGACGAUAACCCAGCUCAAUACCCUCUGUCAAAUGGUUACGGCCCCGCCCCGCCCUAUGGCUACUCAAAUGGCGGAAUACCCGAGUAUGGCCGCACAGAAUAUGGCCAGAACCAGUUCCAGGCACGCAACUCUAUCGGUGGCGCAGGUGCUCCUCAGGGGAUGUACACGCGCAAUCUCAUCGGCAGUCUCGCUGCAAGCGCUUUCAGACUGUCUGAUGUGGCAGAACACAUUGGCAUCUGGUUUAUUCUCCAGGAUCUGAGUGUCCGAACCGAAGGCAGCUUCCGCCUGCGGUUCUCUUUCGUGAACGUCGGACCACCCACCCGGGCGCCGAGCACGAACCCCUCUAACCCAGGAGCCGUCACCAGGUCCGGCAAGGCACCGAUCCUGGCGUGCUGCUACAGCGAGCCUUUCACGGUCUUUUCUGCCAAGAAGUUCCCAGGUGUUUGCGAAAGCACGAGCCUCAGCAAGUGUUUCGCCUCUCAGGGCAUCAAGAUCCCGAUUAGAAAGGAAGGCCAGGACAACAAGCGGGGCAAGGAUGACGACGAUGACGAUUAUUAA